GCAGCAUCUCUGGUACAGCAGAAAGAACUAACAAGUAAAGAAGAAAAAAGAAGUCUUCAGAAGAAAUCAUGAGGAUCCAGUUUGUCUGUCUUCUGGUGGUGCUGCUCUCUGCCUCUGUGCUCUCUCAGAACGCAAACAUCAAACCUCGCUACGAAAAGUUCAAAAGACAACAUAUCUACACGGAAGGGACUUUCAGUGGGUGUGAAAAAGUGAUGAAUGAAAGAAACAUCACCGGAUGGAAAAACAAGUGUAAGCCAACAAAUACUUUCAUCAAAGCCAACGUUAAGGAAGUCCGGUCCAUCUGUAAAGGUGCAGGAGAGGCACAUGGUGACAUGACCAAAAGCCUGAAACCUUUUCACAUUAUUGUCUGCCAUCUGACAGACAAGAAAGCCAAGUAUCCCAAAUGCCAUUACAAGGCUAAAGAUUUAACCAAGAAAAUUAUAAUCAAAUGUGAACAAGGCUACCCUGUGCACUAUGAUAAAGAUAUUGAUCACUGUGAGAACGGAAUCAUGAGGUUUGCGUGCUUGCUGCUGCUUUUUGCCACUGUCUUCUGUCAGGAUGCACAGUACAGAAAGUUUAUAGCACAACAUAUCAAUGGGCAGAUGAGUGCUAACAGGUGUGACGAUGUGAUACGAAGUAGAGGCAUCACCAAAGCUGACAGCAGUGAGUGUAAGGAGACCAAUACCUUCAUCCGAGCUACCACCAACAUAGUCAGAUCCAUCUGUGAGCGAGCAGGAGAGCCAUAUGGUGAGAUGACCAGAAGCCUCCAACCCUUUGACAUUGUUGUCUGUAAACUGAAAAACCAGCAGGGCAGGCAUCCCAACUGUCAGUACCGUGGUCAAGCUCGCACCAGGAGAAUUGCAAUCAAAUGUGAAAACGGUUUGCCUGUGCACUUUCACAGAGACAUUGUACACUUUGACAACUGAUUGAACAGUAAGUGUGUACUUCAGUGUCAUGUAAA